GAGAGAAAGUUUUUCAGCGAGCCGAUACCAGUAAAAAUACACGUCUUCCAAGUUCCAAACUCAUUGUUUUCAAGAUGCCAUCAAAGAACAAAGGGAGGAAGAGUGUUGCUGGCAUCAAACCGAAUCCAUCGUCCUCCCUAUCAGGAGCUGAAGAUGAAGUUUAUUUUGAGGUGCAGAGAAUCUUGAGGAACAGGAUGUGUGGUUCUGAACUACCAGCCAGUCUUCCACAUCUGCAGGAUCAGAGAAGGCAUUUGAUGGAUAUCAUAGAGCGCUGUGCUACUCAAGGUGAGAGCAACUCAGCCCUGGUUAUUGGUCCUCGUGGAAGUGGAAAGUCAAUGCUGCUGAAGCAUGUCCUGGCUGAACUGGUGAAGAAUCGUAAAGUCUCCACCAACCUGCUUCAGGUGCGUCUGAAUGGUCUGCUCCAGACGGAUGAUAGGAUCGCUAUCCAGGAGAUCACAAGACAACUCAAGCUCGAGAAUGUUGCAGAAGAGAAAGUCUUUGGUUCCUUUUCUGAAAAUCUAGCAUUCCUGCUUGAGUCUUUAAAGAAGGAUUCCAGUGGAGCCCAGUCCAUUCUGUUCAUCGUGGAUGAGUUUGAUCUGUAUGCCCAUCAUAAGAAUCAGACUCUCCUCUACAAUCUCUUUGAUAUCUGCCAGUCAGCCCAGACACCCAUCACAGUCAUUGGAGUCACCUGCAGACUGGACGUUGUGGAACUGCUGGAGAAGAGGGUCAAAUCACGCUUCUCUCACCGACAGAUUCAUGUCUUUAACACCUUGACCUUUGACCAGUACUGCGAAGUCUUCAGGAAAACCCUUAUGCUGCCCUCUAAUUUCAUGGACAAAACAUUUGCCAAAGAAUGGAACAAUCACAUUGAGAUGCUUACAGAAGAUGCCACCAUCACCGAGAUACUACAGAAGACCUAUAGCUUGGACAAAUCAGUUAGGAGUCUGUACAGUCUAAUGUUGUUGCCAAUUUCAAGAAUCGGUGCAGAUCAUCCUACAUUUGAGGGUCAUCAACUACUGGAGAGUCGAAAGAUACACAGUACUGAUUCAAAGGCUGCUAUGUUACACGGUGUAUCUGUACUACAGCUGUGUCUUAUCAUUGCCAUGCGUCACCUCACAGACCUCUAUGAAGGAGAUCCGUUCAACUUUGAGAUGGUUUACAAUGAAUACCAGAAGUUUAUUCAGAAGAAAUCCCAUACUGUCCAGCAGUUUGACAAAUCUGUUGUUUUGAAGGCAUUUGAGCAUCUUGUUGCCUUGGAGCUGGUGAAGCCAGCAGAGCACAGCACGGCAUCAUCUACCAGGACCCAGAAGGAAUACAGAGCCAUGAGUAUACUGGUCACCUCUUCACAGCUAGCAGAGUCUCUGAGCUCUUACCCAUCUUGUCCAAGUGAACUCCUACACUGGGCUAAGAAUCCGAUGGCUUCGUGAAAUUUUCGCAGAAAAGAGUGUCUGAACUCAUUAUACAAAAGCAAUUGCCUUGUUUCUGUUGAAAUCGGUGCCAGGAGGCUGAUGUAUCUUCACAGCUAGAAAGUCCUUAAGCUCUUGUCUGUCUUGUCAAGUAUGCCCCUACACUUGGCUAAGAAUCCAAUGAGAGUUUCAUGGAAAAGAGUAUUUAAACUCCUUAUGCCGUAGCAUCUAGCUUGUUUCAAGUGAGCUGAACAAAAUGGGACAAAGACAAUCUCAGGUAUCUGGUUACUGUAAUGCCAGUUAAACCUGCUGAGUACAGCUAGCAGAAUAAAUGAACCCAAAAUCAUUUUGUUCCAGUGAGCUCCUACAAUUUGUCCAAGAUCAUUUCAUCAUUUCUGAACUCCUACAAAAGCAUUCUACUUGUUUUCCUUGUGUCCCAUUGAGCUUCAAGAUUGGAACAAGAAUACCUAGGUGUCUAGAAGGCUUAGAGCUGAUGAAGCCUGCAGAGCACAACUAACAGAGUCCUUGAAAUCCACUCCGUCGUCCAUAGAGGACAUCAGUACUAUAUUGUUGUUGCAGUUCUCAUUUAA